AACAAAUAUAAUGAUUCUGAACUUGGAGACUCCGCACAAUUUGCGACAGUCACAAAUAAAUCAAAACUUUACAAAAAACACAGUGAUGCUGAUACUGACCAGCAAGGUAGGAUGGAAGACGAUGUUGCGAAAUUACGUGUGUGUCAUGUUGUUGCGCCAUACGCCAGACUUCCCUAAAAGAUGUGCACAUGUGACAUGCCGGUUUUUGAUUGACGCAGUGAUGACCAGUGCAACCAUCCAAGCGGCUUUCGACCGCGUGACACGCUCCCGUCCAAACCGUCAUUGUACUGGACGUACAUCACCAACAAUAGAAGGAACCCAUUUUUCAAGUUUUCCUUUGCCUGAGUCGGUCAAAGACCCCGCAGGAGUCGGUCAAUACCUAAGCUUCCUUUCCAGAAGAGGGGCGGGAGGGCGGCCUAGAGGUCCAAGAGGUGAAGCGAGCCUGUCGUCCAGCGAGACAUGCUGAACGACAACGGAGUGUUCGAGCGGCAACCGAUGAAGGUGGAGGGUGAGGCGCAUCCAGAAGUGCUUCAGCGUGCGUUUCAAGACCAGUGGAGAGAGCAGGUUCGAGCUGGACGCGGACGUCCUGGAUGGCGGCUCUUGAAAGUCCUGUGGAGGCUUCACGUGCCCCGGCUGCGGCGAUUGUGGCUCCUAAGGGUGCUACAAGCGAUCUUGGAGUUCAGCUUUCCUCUCUUUCUCUACAAGUUGGUGCAAUUUGUAGAGGAGGAACACGCAAGCCUUUGGGAAGGUUUGCUCUUGAGCCUCUUGCUCUUCCUCGCUGAAGCUGCCACGGCCCUCUUGGAUGCCUCUGCGAGCUUGGGUUUGCAAAGCUGCGGCAAUCGCAUCAGGGCCUCCCUGACGGUGAUCUUGUUGCGUUCCGACUCGAUGAUGAACUUCUCCAGCGGAAAGCUGAACAACAUGAUCACCACCGAUGCCGACAAAGCGAAGCGCGCCCUCCGCGAGCUGCACGUGCUGCUCUUGACAGCACCCCUCCAGGUGGUCAUUUCGUUGGUCUCUCUGCAUGGGCUCAUGGGUGCCUCUGUCUUCAUCGGACUCAGCUGGAUGGGUGUGGUGAUCUUGUUGAAUCCGGCUUUGAUGUACAUCAUGAACCGCAUCGAUGAGACGCAGCAAGCCAAAACCGACGAGAGGGUCCGGCAGGUGAGCGAAAUCAUUAGCUCCAUCAACAUCAUCAAAUGCUACGGCUGGGAGGAACCUGCCACGGCCAAAGUGGAGGAGGCACGCAGUGCGGAACUACUGUGGCUCUGGAGGCUUUACAGCAUCUAUACGGUCUUUGAGGCGAUUUGGACCAGCAUUGUGCCGUGCUGCACGGCCUUGAUGUUUGCGUCCUAUUGGUGGCUGCACCCAGAGGAGUCGCUGGUAGCACGGCAGGCCUUCACGGCGAUUGCGCUGAUGAAUAUGGUGCAGGAGCCUCUCUUCCAAAUCCCCUGGGUCUUGAAUCUGAUGGUCGAGGCGAACGUCGCGGCCAAGCGCAUCGAGAGCCUCUUCUUCUUAGCUGAGUCCCAGCUGCCUGCGAUCAAGGGUAUUCCGAGCUUUUGUGCACUUGAGCAGGCGGAUGAAGAGGGACUGGAGGAUAGAAAUCAGAGAAGUGUCUUGGACGAUCAGACGGUGGUGGUCUUUGAAAAGGCCAACUUUACCUGGACUGGCAGUGAAGACGACGACGACGAACGGGGAGAGGAUGCGGACGCCGAAGCAAGAGGACGCUCCUUCCACUUGAGGGACUUGAGCUUUACGGUGCCCAGGGGUGCGAUGGUGGGCAUCGUGGGAGCGACAGGUGCUGGCAAGAGCUCUUUGCUUCAGGCACUUUUAGGUGAGAUGCCCAAGGAAGACUCUGGAGCUGCAGAAGUGUCCCAUCAGAAGCCGCUCUCAUUUCUGCCCCAGCAGCCAUGGAUCUUCAAUGCCACCGUACGGCAAAACAUCUUAUUUGGGGAGCCUUACUCCGAGGCACACUACGCGGAGUGCUUGCGAUGUUGCAGUUUGAACUCGGACCUCGAGCAGUUGGCCAGCGGGGAUCAGACCCGUGUGGGUGAGAAGGGGGUGGCAUUGAGUGGCGGACAGAAGGCAAGGGUUUGCUUGGCCCGAGCUUGCUAUCGGCUCCACAGCAGUAGCAUCUUUUUGCUGGAUGACCCCUACAGUGCGUUGGACGCGCAUGUGGCCAAGAGUGUCCACGAAGACGCAAUCCUGGGGCUCUUGGGCAAAAAGACUCGGAUCGUGGCCAUGAAUCGUUUGGAGUUUGCCAGCUCAUGCGACCUCCUGCUGGUCUUGGAGGACGGGAAGAUCUCUGCCAUGGGUCCCUAUGAUGUGCUGCGGCGCAGCUCGCGUAUUUUGAAGGGUCUUUUGAGAGCGCAAGGCCUGGAGCCCGAGCACUCCGGCGAGUCCCCGACCAGUGACCCGUCCCCCCGUCUGGACGCCGCACCACCGCUGCUGGCGCGCGCCACCAGCGGGGAGGGGGCGCGACCGGUGGCGACGGAAGAGACCGAGGAGAUGGAAGGUGGAGCGAAGGAAGACACGGAAGAGGAGCGCGCCACGGGGCAAGUGAAGAAAGAGGUGUUCUUUUACUACUUGCGCUCCAUGGGCGGCUGUCGCACUGUCUCACUUCUGGUGGCUCUCUACACUUUUUCGGAGAUCGUGAAUCUUCUUCAGCCGAUUUGGCUGGCGACGUGGACCGCGGCUGUGUCUCAAAGUGGUAGCCUCGAUCGAGGUGAAACUACUCACUACCUGAGCAUUUACGUCUUCCUGGCCAUUGUGGUCGUCGUUUUGAGCACCUGCCGCGACCUGGGCGGCAACAUCUUCGGCUUCCGCGCAGCGCGGCGCCUGCAUCGGCAGAUGUUCGAGUCGGUGCUCCAUGCGCCCAUGUCCUUCUUCCAGGAGGCGCCACAGGGGCGGAUCAUCAAUCGCUUCUCCAAAGAUACCUCAGAGAUUGACAAGGAGGUGGUUUGGCAGAUGAUCUUCACCUUCGUCCCUCUGUUGAGCGUGUUGGGAAACUUCGCCAUGGUGGGUGGCAUCGCUUAUGGCGCGUUCGUGGCCUUCCUGCCUGCCUUCUAUUUCUACUUCUUGCUGUGGAAGUACUACAACAAGGCGGUAUUGGAUGUGAAGCGAAUCUCCAAGGUCCAGAGCAGCCCGGUCUACGAUCACUUCAACAACCUCUGCCGCGAGAACGCCAUCGCCGUGGUGCGCGCCUUCCGCCAGGCCGAGCCGCAGUGCGCGCUGAGCGAUCAUCUGCUGGCGGAGCAGCAGCGGGCGGACUACUCGCAGAUGUAUUUGUCACAGUGGUUUUCCUUGCGUAUCGACCACCUGGGAUGCUUGCUACUCUUGUUGGUGUCGCUCUUCGUCACCCUGGGUCGCGGCUCCUUGAUCCAAGCCUCCGCAGCGGCGCUGGUGCUGAACUUUGCAGGCGAGUGCACCGGCAGCAUCGAGUCGCUCAUUGGGCAGAUCGCGGAGUUCGGCAUUGCCUUCAAUGCCGUGGAGCGCGUGCAGUUCUAUGCCACGCAGCUGCCGCAGGAAGCCGCACGCAUCGGCGUGGCUCGACCGCCGAGGGGUUGGCCGAGCCAAGGACGUUUGGAGGUCCAAGACUUGAAGGUGCGCUACAAGGUGGAUCAGCCCUUAGUCCUCAAGGGUCUCUCUUUCGUCACCUCCCCCGGCGAACGCCUGGGCGUCGUGGGCCGCACGGGUGCGGGGAAGUCCUCGUUGCUGCUGGCGCUGCUGCGGAUCGUGGAGCCGCAGACGGGGUCGCAGCUGCGCUUGGAUGGGGAGGACAUGCUGCAGCUGGGAUUGCAGGAUCUGCGGCGGGGCAUUGCGAUGAUUCCACAAGAGCCUGUGCUCUUCCAGGAGACCCUGCGCUACAACUGCGACCCCUUCGACGAGCACCGCAGCGACGACAUUUGGAUGGCGCUGGAAGAAGCGCAGCUGGCUGGCUGGGUUCGAGAGCAGUUUGGGCGAGAGGAGUCCAAGGAGAAGUGCUUGUCCUUGGAGAUUAAGGAGGGCGGCCAGAACUUGUCGGUGGGUCAGCGGCAGAUGGUCGCCAUCGCGCGGGCCGUGCUUCGGCGCUCCAAGCUGGUGGUCUUGGAUGAAGCCACCGCGGCGAUCGACGCGCAAACCGAUGCAGAGAUUCAGCUGGCGAUCCGACGAUGUUUUCAAGGGGCCACCAGCUUGACGAUUGCCCAUCGCCUCCAGACCAUCCUGGACUGCGACCGAAUCAUGGUGCUUUCGCAGGGCCAGAUAGUCGAGCUUGAUUCUCCAGAGGCCCUCCGAGUGCAGGAGGGCGGCAUCUUCCGGGGAAUGCUGGAGUCCGCAGAGGAGUAG